AUGUUUGACGCCGCUGCAGUCGUCAACUCGUGUCUCUUGUGUUGGUGGUCUUGGGGAGUAGCGAGGAAGAAUGAGAAGAUAUCAAGAGAGAUGACGGAGAAUGGCGGAGUUGCCGAUAUCGAGAAGGGCAAUAUGUGCAAGAGGGAUGAGGAGGAGAAGGCGGGCUUGGGAGUUAUAACAGAGGAAGGGAAAGAAGGCUCGGAGGUAACGACAGCAGAAAUUGAGGAAAAAGUGUUGAAAGAAGAGACGACGACGAAGGAGAAGGUGGAAUUGGAGAUGUAG